AUGUUUCGAUUAACGAUCAUCGCCUGUUUGCUAUAUUUCGGUGCAGUCGCGAACGCGAACUGGUACGAUAACGCCGUCGUGUACCAGGUCUACCCGAGAAGCUUCAAGGACAGUAAUGGGGACGGUAUCGGUGACUUGAACGGUAUCACUAGUAAGUUGGAGCAUAUAGCUGACAUCGGCGCGCAAGUAGUAUGGCUGUCGCCGAUCUACACGAGUCCACAGGUCGAUUUUGGCUACGACAUCGCAAAUUUCACGGACGUCGAUCCGAGUUACGGUACCCUGGCCGAUUUCGACCGGCUCAUAGCCAAGGCUAAGUCCCUCGGGCUUAAAGUGAUACUGGACUUCGUUCCGAACCACAGUUCUCACGAACAUCCUUGGUUCAAGAAGAGUAUCCAAAGGAUCAAGCCCUACGACGAGUAUUACGUCUGGCGGGAUGCCAAGAUCGUGAACGGGACGAGGCAGCCGCCGAACAACUGGCUGAGUAACUUCCAGGGUUCUGCCUGGGAAUGGAACGACGUCAGGAAGCAA